CAUUAAGCCCCGCGCAUGCGCAGGCUUAACGACGCCCCGAGAUCGCAGAGCCCGGGGGAUGACGGCGAGUGUGCGCUCCGCUCGGGAGCACAUAGACGAUCUUUGUCCGCUGCCGGUUCUGACAGCGGCGGGGGAGCUGGCGAGGAGGAGAGCGGAGGAUCCGUGUGGACCACAGCUUGCUGCUGCAGCGGCUGAGGGGGACGGACACACACACACACACACACACACAUAUACAUAUACACACAUCUCAUAUUCUACAGCAUCAACUCACACACACGCGCACAUACACAUCCAGCUGCUGGGGGAGGAAGCAGGAGCCGGUUUGCAGACGCUCAGCGUGUUUCAGACCAGAUCAGUCUACGGUUCACUCUACGGCAACUCUUCAUUUCAGUUGUCUUCAAUUCAGUACUCACCCACGUCAUUGCGGGGAGUUCAAUGGAAAGACCCCCCCCCCCCCUCUCAUCUUUGACUCUACCCAGUUUGAAGAACAUUCUGAAGACAAAAACGGUGGCUCAAGUCAAAUCGUCACUGGCUGCAGUGCGGAUCCAGACUUCUGCGCCCUGUUGGCCACUGAACCUGCCGUUGGAGAAAAGAGGUUUUGGCCGCGAUACAACCAACCAUGGACAGGAACAGGAAGUGGGUGCCGGGCCUCGGAGCUGCGCUAUUGAUACUCUUGUGUCACGUGACUUCAGCGCUAGAAGUGCCUCUUGAUCCUAAAGUACUGGAAGGAUUGCCCCAACCCCCCACUAUAACGCUGCAGUCCCCAAAGGAUUACAUCUUUGAUCCGCGGGAGAACAUCGUCAUCCACUGUGAGGCCAAGGGGAAGCCGACUCCCAGCUUCUCCUGGACGAGAAACGGCACCCACUUUGAUGUGGAGAAAGACUCCAAUGUCCUGACGAAGCCCGGCUCAGGAACUCUGGUCAUUGACAUCAGCGGGGAAAAGGCGGAGGCUUACGAGGGGACGUACCAGUGUACAGCCCAUAAUGAGCACGGCACGGCUGUGUCCAACAACAUUGUCAUCAGACAGUCCAGGUCCCCCCUGUGGUCAAAGGAGAGAAAUGAAGCCAUCACCGUGCAGAUGGGGGUCUCCCUGGUGCUGCAGUGCCGACCCCCUGCCGGGCUGCCUCCUCCUGUCAUCUUCUGGAUGGAUAACAACUUUCAGCGGCUGCCGUUGGACAAGCGAGUCUCGCAGGCCCUGAACGGAGACCUGUACUUCUCCAACGUUCUCCCAGAAGACACCAGGAGCGACUACAUCUGCUAUGCUCGCUUCCCCCACACCCAGACCAUCCAGCAGAAACAGCCCAUUUCAGUCAUCGUGCUCAACAACAGCCCAGAGGGGGAGCGUCCUCCUGGUUUCAUGAUGCCUCUGGGCCCCGCCAGCGCCAAGAUGGUUCUGAGAGGAGAGACUCUGGAGCUGGAGUGCAUCGCUGAGGGCUUGCCCACUCCAGACAUCUCCUGGCAGAAGGAUGGCGGUGAACUGCCCAGCAGCAGGAUGUCCUUCCACAACUUCAAGAAAACGCUGAUGAUUUCCGAUGUGAAUGAAGCAGAUGCAGGCGACUACCGCUGUUCGGCCACGAACAACCUGGGCAAUGCACACCACAUGAUCAAGGUCUCUGUCAAAGCGGCUCCAUUCUGGGUCAGCGCCCCCAGGAACCUGAUCCUCGCCCCAAACGAGACCGGUAUCCUGACCUGUCGUGUCAAUGGAGAACCCAAACCGAAGAUUACCUGGUUUGUCAAUGGAAUCCGCCUAGAAAAUGCUCCUGAGGACCACAGUCGCAAGGUGGAGGACGACACUGUGAUUCUUAGCAAUGUGCAAACGGGAUCCAGUGCCGUCUAUCAGUGUAACGCAUCCAACGAGUUUGGCUACCUGAUGGCGAAUGCCUUUGUCAGCGUUCUGGCUGAAGCACCAAGGGUGCUCACUCCACCCAACCAAGUGUACCAGGUCAUCGCCAAUCACCCUGCACUACUUCACUGUGCCUCCUUUGGCUCACCAAUACCGACCAUCACAUGGUUCAAAGACAGUCAGACCAGCAUUAGGAACGGUGACCCGUAUGUGAUCCAUGAGAAUGGCACACUGGAGAUCCACGUGGCCCAGCCACUAAACAGCGGAAAGUACACCUGCAUCGCCACCAAUAACCUGGGGAUCAGGGAGAACCACGUCUUCCUGGAAGUUAAAGAGCCCACCCGUAUCCUGAAGCAGCCGGAGUAUAAGGUGGUGCAGAGAGGAAUGAGCGCCAUGUUCGAGUGUAAAGUCAAACACGAUCCCUCCCUCAUUCCCACCAUGACAUGGCUGAAAGACAGUGGAGAACUGCCAGAUGACGAGAGGUUUGUGGUGGACACAGACAGUCUGACCAUCAAAGAUGUGACAGAUGAAGAUGAGGGCACCUACACCUGCAUCAUGAACACAACCCUGGACCGGGACUCGGCCAGCGCCAUGCUGACCGUUGUUGAGGCAACUCCGACUCCGGCUAUUGUCCACGAGAAACCCGACCCCCCGACCGACCUGGAACUGACUGACCAGACGGAGAGGAGCGUCCAGCUCACGUGGAUCCCGGGAGACGAUCACAACAGUCCCACAGAGAGGUUUUUGAUCCAAUAUGAGGACCUGCUCCACCAGCCAGGGGUUUGGGUCAACCUGUCCGAGGUUGCAGGCACUAGCACCACAGCGCGGUUGAGCCUCUCUCCGUACAUCUACUACUCUUUCCGAGUGCUGGCUCUGAAUCGCGUGGGCUACAGCCGCCCCAGCCAGCCCUCGCGCCAAUACAGGACAAAUCCUGCAGCUCCGGAUGAAAAUCCAUCAGAUGUUAAGGGAGUUGGAACAGAACCUGGCAACCUGGUCAUCUCCUGGACACCACUGACAGGAUUCAAGUCCAAUGGGCCAGGUUUGGAGUACAAAGUGCUGUGGCGACAGAAGGACACGGACGGGGAGUGGUCAUCGAGGAGCGUGGCUAACGUCUCCCAGUGUGUCGUGUCUGGAACCCCCACCUUUCAGCCGUACGAAAUCAAAGUUCAAGCGUUUAAUGACUAUGGCAGCGGACCAGAGCCUGAAGUAAUGAUUGGGUACUCUGGGGAAGACUUGCCGCUGUCUGCGCCUGAGAGUUUGCAGGUCAUGGUUCAUAACAGUACGCUAGCAGAAGUACAUUGGGAGCCCGUAUCUAUCCCUUCAGUAAGGGGAAAGCUACAGGGAUACAAGGUCUACUAUCGUCGCGAGCGCGGCCUGCAUGCGACCGAGGAGGAGACGGAUCAGGAGGAGCAGGUUUUGACGUUCAGUGGGAACCGUAGCGAGGGCCGCCUGCCGGGCCUCCAGCCUUACAGCCUCUACAACCUCUUCAUCAGGGUGGUGAACAGCAAAGGAGAGGGGCCACAGAGCUCCAGCAAGACAUUUGAGACACCCGAGGGAGUCCCAGGGCCUCCUUCUUUUCUGAAUGUCACCACCUCCAGCCUGGACUCUCUUACUCUUCAAUGGGGCCCACCAAUGAAUAACAAUGGACGCCUCGCUGGAUACACACUGAAAUACCAACCAGUCAACAACACCAAUGAAUUGGGACCAGUCAAGGUCAUGAUGUUCCUCGCCAACGAGACCACCACUACCCUGGGCAACCUCAACUCCAGCAUGUUGUACAAGUUUUACUUAAGUGCAAAGACAAUCAAGGGCUCCGGCCCCAUCGUCACGGAGGAGGCCUUCACAGUAAUAGACACCGCUCGUAGUCAGCCCACUGUAGCGCCGGGCAAAGGCCCCACUGAGCCCCCUCACCCAACUUCCCCCAUCACUCAGUCUCCGCAUCCCCCGUUUCACAAGGCACCUCCUGUAGGCCCUGCGUUUGGCUCAGUUAACAGGACUGUGUCGGAGGACGGUGCGGUGAUCAGUUGGGAAUACUUUGGACACCAUAAGAAUGUAUAUGUGGAAUAUAUUGUAGAAAACAGUAAAGAGGACUGGAAAAGGGAGUUGGUCAACGGCUCACACUCUCAUACGAUAAAAGGUUUAAAGCCGGGGACGUCCUAUAGGGUGCGUGUGGUCGCUAGAGACCCGUCCGACCCGGCAGUCCACAGCACAGACGAAGUGUUGGUUACGGUGCCAGCUGUGCCCAGCCGACAGGUCGACAUCGCAACCCAGGGCUGGUUCAUUGGGCUGAUGUGUGCAAUCGCGCUCCUCAUCUUGGUCCUCCUCAUAGUGUGCUUCAUCAAGAGGAACAAAGGUGGCAAAUAUCCAGUGAAAGAGAAAGAAGAUGCUCACCAAGACCCUGAGAUCCAGCCCAUGAAGGAGGAUGAUGGGACAUUUGGAGAAUACAGGUCUAUGGAGAGUGACACGGAGGACCACAAGCCGCUGAAGGGCAGCCGGACGCCGUCCAACGGGACGGUGCGCCGGGACGAGAGUGACGACAGCCUGGUGGACUACGGGGAAGGCGGGGACGGACAGUUCAACGAGGACGGCUCCUUCAUCGGCCAGUACAGCGGCAAGAAGGAGAAAGACACGCACGAAGGCAACGAGAGCUCGGAGGCGCCUUCGCCCGUCAACGCCAUGAACUCGUUUGUCUAAGAGAGAGGCCGCCUCCUGAUGUCGACAGGGUGCUGCGGUCACUCCUUGUCACCCUGGCAAGUGUGACCAUCUCGGUGGUGACAGUUGCUAAGGUGACAGUCGUUGUGGACACCUACUGUUGCUUCAGUGGCCAUGGCUGCAUGUCACCAAGACUGCCGACCACCACGCCCUCAUCUCCACCCUCGCCGACCCCUGUCCCACUGUGACCUCCUCCGAUCGACACACACUCGACACGGCGAAGGCCGACACCACAUCCCCCCAUGACCACUGACAGAGGGAGCGAGAAAAAGAGGGAUGUGAGGAGACCGAGAAGAUGGAGGGAGACGGGAAGCAAUACAGAAAAGCAGAAGGAAUGUACAAGAAGGAGUAUUACCACUCAGACUGAGCAGCAGGGUGGCCGAGUGUGUGUGUGUGUUUGUGUGGUAGUGCCAUUUAAUCCCCUUUCCCAACAUACCACACCUGAUGUAUCCAAAUUUAUAUUUUAUCAAAGGUCCCGCAGGCAAGCAAAUACGCAUUGAAUCACAUUCAUAAACAUUUGCAUGGAGAAAACCAUGAUUCUGUGAAGCAUUGCACCAUCCUCCCUGUUGCAGAGAUGAGCCGUGUGCUGAGACUGUAUCUGGUGCACACCUACUACUAGUUUUUUCUUUUUUCUCCAUUCAUUAAGAAAGUGUUAAACAGUAUCUGAUAUAUAGAGAAUAACUGGCCGCGGUGUCUUUGUGGACAUUGCGACUCACAGUAGAAGUUUGAUUGUGUCUCUUUGAGACAGAUGGCCUGUAUUCGGAAUAAGAAAAACACUCGGCGUCGGGUCACUCCCCGUCACACCAGCCAGGCAGUUGUUUUCAUCCUGGUGUUUCCUCAAGCUUACUCUUUUAGCUUUUUUCUUUCCCACUCUGUUCCUUUCCACCUCCGAAUCCUGGCCACUGUGGAAGCCUGUGUUUUUGGCGGCGGCGGUAUUAUCCAAACUGCUACCCCAGCACAGUCUCCAAUGGCAUUUCUUCUUCCGCGUCUCCUACGUACGCCGGCGGACAAAAGAGAGAAAAACGCUGUCGCAUGUAGAGGUUUUUACUGCGAGUACACACGGUCCUUUCUGAGUAUUUAGAUGUCGAUGAUCAAGAACCUCUUAGCAUGGUUUCUAGUGCCUUUGUAGAGAACAGUGACUUAGAUCCAUGGUUACAUACCCUCGUCAUGCACAGUCCAUGAGAACAGCACAUACAAAAUACCACCAACCCACGAACACUGCAGAGGCUGUGCGAGUUCUCAAAACUGCAGGAAAUAUUCAUGGAAAAAUAAGCUCCACGGGAUUAUGGUGAUGUCGGAGAGUUUGUUCACGAGGGCACAUUAAAUCGACGGCCCUGUAUUGUGAGCUAUACUCGGUGACCAUACUCAGUAGUAUCGCCUCUUCACCCACCGGUCGGAAAAUGAUUUCACAGUUACUAGAGACGGAAUCAUUUUCGCCCCUCAGAUUGUUAUGGUCUCGUUGACAAUCAUGUUACCCAGCGACCGUCAGCCAAUUUGGUUUUUCAAACACCCAGCACCAAAUCACUCCAUUGCGACUAAGAACUGAAGAAUGCGUUGAAUAUCAGAAUGUAGGAAGCCCGAGGUCACAGAAUUUUUGACACCCGAUGAGAUGUCGUCAUGUCUCAUGCAUUUCCUUUCAUACGAUCUCCUCCGAAACCCGUUCAUGUCGAGGAGGAUCUGCUGCCUGGCAGCACCGAACUACUGCCAACGUACUCACCAGGUUACUGCCAAUGGGAACCAGACUCAACUUAUCUGGUACAGACUAUUAUCGAAAAAAAGAAGAAAAUGGGACUCACUCUUACUGGUUGCACUUAAAAAAAAAAGAAGAAAAAAAAGGAAAGGGGUCAGAAAUGUAUGUUAUGAUACUGAAUGUGGAAACAAGUGUAUCUGUUAAUGUGAAUGAAAAUAUUGCUUGUUUCACUUCAAAUGGUAAACACACUGGUGACUUUUAGGUUCAUGCAUUUAACCUUAUAUCUGUGUAUGUCGUCACGACCCGAGCGCAGCACUCAGUGAGUUUUAUGCUGGAAAAGAAAGGAGGUUGUGUGUGAAUCUUUGGGAGUGUGUGUGUGUGUGUGUGUGUGUGUGUGUGCGCGCGCGCGUGUGCAGCACAUGCAUGCUACUAUGUCAAAGCGUGCGUGAUUCUACAUUUUCCUUCCAUUCCCACGAAUAAUUCCGACACGUGUCGAGCAGUCUGCGCCCACUCUCAACAGGAGAUACAAAGACUUUUUUCCCCCUUCUUUUUCCAGAGAACAUUUCCAUGUUUUUAAGUUUAUCAUAACUUGCAUCAAGUUUUUAGGCUGCAAUGUGUCAGCUUUCCACGUGUAGAUAUUUUUGUUGUGUUUUGUAAAUAAUGGCCUGAAUUGAGCGCAGACGUGGUGGGAGCCAGAGGGUGACCUCUGAUGCAUCAGGGGUUUAGCGAGAGUGGGAAAGACGGCUUUGUGUGAGAUGAGACCAUUUACAGUUUUCACUCUUUUUUUUCAAAGAUUUGCCGUGAAAUUUCACUUCUUUUUUUUUUUUUUUUCCGUAACUCGUCAGGCGAAUUUGCCUCAAAUGUUUUUGCCCAUCAGGUAUCAAAGGAGAUUAUUUCACUUGUGACUGAGCUCUCGUGACACCCGUCUUGUUUCCGUCUCUCACACUUCAUGCACCUUUUCUGUAUUUUUUUAUAAAAGAGAAGAAGAAAAAAAAGGCACACGCUUUGACAGGAUUUCUCAUUUCAUACGAAUUCAUGCAUCCAAUUUGGGACAACAUCCGGUGUCUGGAGGCAGCAUGUUGGGAAACUGUCGUUCUAAAAUAGACACAACCCCCCCACCCCCGAAACUGACACAUCCUUUUUUUAAGAGUGUGCGCUUAAAAAAGCAACAACACAACAAACUAUUGUAAUUUGGAGCAUACUGAGCCGGCAUGGACAGAUAAUCUUACUGGCACACCGGAGUGUGAAUAGUGACUGAACAUGCAGUAGGAUAUACAGUAUAUGAUAUGAUAUAAUAUGACAUUCUGGUUAAUGUUGAAGCUACACGAGAAGCAUGAAAGGCUGUCAAAAAUGGUUUACUCUACAGUAUAAUAUUGCAAAAAUAUUUUGUAUUUUAAAUGAAGUUUAAAGAAGAAAAAAAAAUGAAAUAAAUGUUGGUUUCAGGAUUUCAAAA